AUGGAUGAUACAAUUAACACCAAUUUUGAAGAUAACAAGGAUGAACUUGUAAUUAUAGUUGAUGAAAAAAAUAAUUUUAUCAAUUAUAUACGUCGUAAAGAUAUGCGAUUAAAUAACUUAUGGCAUAGAUCAUCAUCAAUUUUUGUUUUCACUAAGAUAGAUAAUGAAUAUUUUAUAUAUAUCCAUAAAAGAUCAAAAAUAAAAGACUAUUGUCCAUCAUAUUAUAAUAUUGGAUUUGGAGGUGUAUUAGCAAAAGGCGAAACUUAUUUAGACAAUGCAAUUAAAGAAUUAGAAGAAGAAAGUGGAAUAAAAAAAAAACCUGAACAGCUAUUCGAAUUGGGGGUGUUUAAAUGUGAUAGUGAAUAUAUAAAGUCCUUUGCUAUGUCUUAUAUCACAAUUAUAGACCCAGAUUUUACGACAAUACCCCAACCAAAUGAAGUGGAAUUUAUCACAAGACAUUCUAUAAAAGAAUUUGAAAAUAUUUUUCUCAAAGAAAAAUUUACCGAAAUAAGCCAAGGUAUAUAUAACCACUUUAAAGACAAAUUGACACAUGAAAGCUUAGAAGAAAUUUAUAAAAAAAUUAAUUAA